CUUAGCAAUAGCAAAAUCCUCCUCAAGAAUAAAACUGAAAACAAAUAAAUAAAAACAAAAUAUGCUCGCAGCAAUCAACGGCAUCUUCUUCACCACCACCAACUGCAACAUUUAAAAUAAUUUUCACUAUUUAAUUUAGUCAAGUCAUUCUGUUGUUGACAAUUCUCAGUCAACCCCAGCUAUGUAUUCCAGUACUACUACUUGCUCCAUGAACCGUUACGUUCUCCGUUAACUCUAACGCCGUUAACUCAUUCACUUGCUCCUCGUACUUUGUGGGAAAUUUCCCGGAUAUAAAUUUAGCAAAACCCUAUUUCUCUCUCUAAAACUCACUCGUAGAUGGGGAGAGAGAAACAAACGACAGAGCUUUGAGACCUGAAACAGAGGAAACUGAAAAUGAAGAUCUUGUUCAUAGGUUUUAUUGUCUUGUUGGCACUGAAUCUCUUAGAUGUGGGAUCAGCUGCUUCUUCGUCAUCACCAUGCAACAGUACGGACCAAGCUUUGGUCUCCAAGGCCUUCAGAUCAGUCUCCGGCUUCAACAUAUCUUGGCUCAAGCAUUAUGAUUCCAACUGUUCGCGGCCACCGAUCAGAGAACUCAAUCUGUCAUCCAUGAAUCUUACAGGGAUCAUAACUUGGAAGUUUCUCAGAAACAUGUCUCAGUUACACACUCUCGAUCUCUCCAGAAAUUCCUUGAAGGGUUCGGUCCCGGGUUGGCUCUGGUCCCUUUCGAGCUUAGUUGAGGUCAAUCUAUCCAGAAACCGGUUCGGUGGGUCUGCUGGGUUCGAACCCACAUCUGCAAAUGGUUCAUCUUCUUCGGUUCAAGUGCUCAAUCUCUCUGCAAACCGGUUUACGAAUCUGGUUCGGCUCUCUGGUUUUCCCAAGCUUAAAGUCCUCGACCUUUCGCGUAACGAUUUGGGAACUCUGCCUUCUGGUUUUCAAAACCUCACCGAGUUGCAACACCUUGAUAUCUCGAGCUGCAAUAUAACCGGUAACUCAAAGCCCUUUUCGGCUCUCCGUUCAUUGAAGUACUUGGAUAUUUCGAACAAUAAGAUGAACGGUAUAUUCCCCUCUGAUUUCCCUCCUCUUCGUGGCCUUGAUUAUUUAAACAUUUCGCUUAACAACUUCUCUGGAUUGGUUAGCCACGAAAACUACCAGAGAUUUGGCCAAGCUGCAUUCAAUGCCGCCGGAAAUUUCACUCACAACCCGAAAAGUUUUCAGCUUUCACCUUUGCCGGCGCCGGCCCCAGCUCCGAAACGUGUAAACUCAACCUUGUUUCACAUUACCCAACAACCAGGAGCCCACAAACUUGUCCACAAACAUAAAACAAUACACCAAAACCAAAUUCCGGCCAUGAAAAAAUCCAAAGAAAAAUCCAGAAAGACACUGAUCUUGGCCACGGCCUCUGCUUCCUCAUUUGUCCUGUUUUCAAUGGUGGUUUGGUUUUUCGUCGGGAUAUACCGAAGAAAACGACAAGUAACGAAAAGAAAUAAAUGGGCCAUCUCCAAACCAGUCCAAGCUCCAUUCAAGAUGGAGAAAUCUGGGCCCUUCGCGUUUGAGACCGAGUCGGGCUCGUCGUGGACAGCGGACAUAAGAGAGCCGUCUUCAGCUCCGGUGGUGAUGUUUGAGAAGCCAUUGAUGAAUUUGACGUUCAAGGAUCUGAUUGCCGCCACUUCACAUUUCGGAAAGGAGUCCCAGCUGGCUGAAGGCAGGUGUGGGCCAGUCUACACUGCCGUGCUCCCUGGAGACAUACACGUGGCGAUCAAGGUGUUGGAAAACGCCAGAGACGUCGAUCAAGACGAUGCUGUGUUCAUGUUCGAAGAGCUCUCCAGGUUGAAACACCCCAACCUGUUACCUCUCUCCGGUUACUGCAUUGCAGGGAAAGAAAAGCUGGUUCUGUACGAGUUCAUGGCCAACGGCGACUUACAGAGAUGGCUGCACGAACUUCCGACCGGCCAGCCUAACGUGGAAGACUGGAGUAGUGACACGUGGGAGAACCCCAAUGUAAACGGGCUCCACAUGUACUCUCCCGAGAAAAUGGGUUGGCUGACGCGCCACCGCAUCGCCGUCGGGAUAGCCCGCGGGCUCGCGUACCUUCACCACGCUGGUUCGAAGCCAGUUGUGCACGGCCACCUGGUGACUUCGAACGUACUGUUGGCCGAGAAUUUCGAGCCUCGGAUAGCUGAUUUCGGGUUCCGGAGCUUCGGCGGAGCAGGAGAUAUCGGGCGAGAUAAGUGCAGCCCCGAGACCGACGUAUACUGUUUCGGGGUGGUGUUGAUGGAGCUCCUGACGGGUCGACCCGGAACAGCGGAGACUGUUGUUUGGGUGAGGAGAUUGGUGAGGGAGGGUGCUGGUGCGAAUGCACUUGACCCGAGACUCAGACCCGGGUGUGACCGGGUCGAGUCGGAGCGGGAGAUGGUGGAGAGCCUCCGAGUUGGGUACUUGUGUACGGCGGAGUCACCUGGGAAAAGGCCAAGGAUGCAACAGGUCCUGGGUUUGCUCAAAGACAUACAUCCCACCUUGCUUUUGGGCUGAGUUGACUCGUCUAAUCAUCUCUCUCUCCCCCGAGUUCCGAGAUUUUGAAUUCCACGCGCCAAUAGACGGCGCGUGCGUGGUAGUGAUUUUUCCCAAGGUGUAAAAUAUAAACUGUAAAAAGGGUUUUAGAUUUAGAUUGCAUUUUUCCGAUUUAGGUUAUAUUUUUUUACCGCGGUGCAGCGGGUGCUGUCACGUGCCACCUUGUCGCGUGGUAUAGGAAGUUGAGUUGAAUGCAUUUUUUUUUAAAUUGCUAUUUUCUUGUGUUGUUGUCUAGUGUUUGGAAAAUUCUAUUAUGUUAUUUUUAAUUAA